AUGUCUAAAUUGUUAGAAUUCAAAUGUAUCAAGUUCACUGCGGAUGAACUUCAUUUGGAAAACGUAUUACAGUGUGGGCAGGCAUUCCGGUGGGUUUUCCACGAAAAACUGGGACAUUAUUCAACGACUUUAAAAGUAGGUGAUCGAUUUCGAAUAGUAGUUGUAAAGCAAAGCGAAAAGGAUUGUAUUCAGUAUGCAAGCUUGGGGAAGGAUGGGAGUGAAGAAUGUGCAGCUUUGUAUGGUUUUUUGAAACGGUAUUUUAGGUUAGAAGUGCCUUUAGGUACGUUGUUGAAAACAGAAUGGCUAAUGCGAGAUUCUAGGUUUAAACACAUUUCCCCUAAGGGUGUGCGAAUCUUGGCACAAGAUCCUUGGGAAACGCUAUGCUCUUUCAUUUGCUCCAGCAACAACAAUAUUGCGCGCAUCACCAAAAUGUGUCAUGCAUUAUCCACGGAGUUUGGAAAUUUGGUAGGACACUACGACGGUGUAGAUCACUACUCAUUUCCGACAAGUCGGGAACUCACGCAGAGAGCAUCUGAAGAGUCUCUAAGGGUUUUGGGCUUUGGUUACCGUGCCAAGUAUAUCAUGGCCACCGCGAAAAAAAUCGAACAUGAGAGGCUUCACCUGUCAGACAGUGAGUAUCUACAGUCGUGGAAGGACAACUUAGAAUAUGAACAGAUACGCGAAAAGAUGAUGAGUUUUCACGGAGUUGGUCCCAAAGUGGCGGAUUGCGUAUGUCUGUCUGGGUUGCAGAUGGAUGAUGUGGUCCCCGUGGAUGUGCAUAUUGCUCGAAUCGCUCAGAGAGACUACAAGUUUAGUGCCGGAAAACAAGAUAUUAUGGAGCUUCAAACAAGGUACCGAGAACUGCCGAUUACUCGUAAAAAGGUUAACUACGAGCUUGACGUGAUACGGUCGAGAUUCAAAGAAAAAUGGGGCAAUUUUGCAGGUUGGGCCCAAGGUAUUGUUUUUGCCCAAGAAGUGGGUAAAACUAGCGGAGCCACCAGCGAGAGCACGGCCAUUAAGAGGCGAUUGGAGUUUGCCGUGAAGAUUGAAGGGCAAGAACAGCAACUAUUGGUUAAAAAACAGAAUCUGGAUAUGAUUAGUACCAGUGCCAUUGAGAAAGUGGUGGAAGAAAAAAUUGAGUACACAAUUACAGGGCGACCCAAAAGAAAAACCGCAAGUAACGUCACCUACGGAUCUUAG